AUGAUAUUUAUUACGUCUGACACAGUGCCAGGGUCAACACAGUGCCAGGGUCAAUACACUGCCAGGCUCAACACAGUGCCAGGCUCAACACAGUGCCAGGGUCAAUACACUGCCAGGCUCAACACAGUGCCAGGCUCAACACAGUGCCAGGGUCAAUACACUGCCAGGCUCAACACAGUGCCAGGGCUCAACACAGUGCCAGGCUCAGCACACUGCCAGGCUCAACACACUGCCAGGCUCAACACAGUGCCAGGCCAGCUCAGCACAGUGCCAGGCUCAACACACAGGCUUUUGCCAGGCUCAACAGGCCACAGUGCCAGGCUCAACACAGUGCCAGGCUCAACACAGUGCCAGGCUCAACACAGUGCCAGGCUCAACACACUGCCAGGCUCAACACACUGCCAGACUCAACACAGUGCCAGGGUUAACACAGUGCCAGGCCUCAACACAGUGCCAGGCUCAACACAGUGCCAGGCUCAACACAGUGCCAGGCUCAACACAGUGCCAGGCUCAACACAGUGCCAGGGUCAACACAGUGCCAGGGUCAAUACACUGCCAGUCAACACAGUGCCAGGCUCAACACAGUGCCAGGCUCAACACUGCCAGGCUCAACACAGUGCCAGGGUCAACACAGUGCCAGGGUCAACACACUGCCAGGCUCAACACAGUGCCAGGGUCAACACAGUGCCAGGCUCAACACACUGCCAGGCUCAACGUGCCAGGGGUCAACACAGUGCCAGGGUCAAUCACUGCCAGGCUCAACACAGUGCCAGGCUCAACACACUGCCAGGCUCAGCACAGGCUCAACACAGUGCCAGGGUCAACACACUGCCAGGGCUCAACACACUGCCAGGCUCAACACAGUGCCAGGCUCAACACAGUGCCAGGGUGAACACAGUGCCAGGGUCAAUACACUGCCAGGCUCAACACACUGCCAGGCUCAACACAGUGCCAGGGUCAACACAGUGCCAGGGUCAAUACACUGCCAGGCUCAACACAGUGCCAGGCUCAACACAGUGCCAGGGUCAACACAGUGCCAGGGUCAAUACAGUGCCAGGCUCAACACAGUGCCAGGCUCAACGUGCCAGGCUCAACACACUGCAGGCUCAACACAGUGCCAGGCUCAACACAGUGCCAGGCUCAACACAGUGCCAGGGUCAACACAGUGCCAGGCUCAACACGGUGCAGGCUCAACACUGCCAGGCGCUACACAGUGCCAGGCUCAACACAGUGCCAGGCUCCAGCACUGCCAGGGUCAACACACUGCCAGGCUCAACACAGUGCCAGGCUCAACACAGUGCCAGGCUCAACACACUGCCAGGCUCAACACAGUGCCAGGGCUCAACACAGUGCCAGGCUCACACACUGCCAGGCUCAACACACUGCCAGGCUCAACACAGUGCCAGGCUCAACACAGUGCCAGGCUCAACACAGUGCCGGGCUCAACACAGUGCCAGGCUCAACACUGCCAGGCUCACACAGUGCACACAGUGCCAGGCUCAACACAGUGCCAGGCUCAACACAGUGCCAGGCUCAGCAACACACUGCCAGGCUCAGCACACUGCCAGACUCAACACAGUGCCAGGGUUAACACAGUGCCAGGCUCAACACAGUGCCAGGCUCAGCACAGUGCAGGCUCAACACAGUGCCAGGCUCAACACAGUGCCAGGCUCAACACAGUGCCAGGCUCAACACUGA